AUGCCGCAAACUCUUGAAGCAGAAGCAUUUCUAUCUCGCAUCGCUGUGCUGCCGUCCGGUCCUGGCGCUGCUGGGAAGCUGUCUGAUGUUUUACAGCCGUCACUUGAUGACGAGGCUGCCUUGCGCAAGCUCUUUGCGAUGGACAAGGCCAAUGCCCGUCUGGACAAUUUGUAUGUCGGACUUGUCGACGUGUUUGACGCGCCGGACGUCAUAAGGACGACUCGAGCCCGCGUCGUGAAGGACGAGAUUGAUCUCUCAGCCAAGUAUGUUAUGCCUUUGUCCGAAGGUCGGAGGCGCAAAGAGGGCGCGCCUGCCAUGGUUGCGACUCUCGAAGACUUCAAGAAGAAUUGGGCUAUCUUCAGCGAGGGUUCGCUGUCUCAGCUGUUGGACUGGAACAACGUCAUCGCCGCUGGAGGUGCCGUCCAAGCGUGUCUCAAUCCGGUUCCCGAGUAUGCCAAGGUCUCCAAGCGCGCGUUGCGAAAGCAUUUCCACACCAACGAGUACCCCACCUCUGACGUGGACUUAUUCCUGUAUGGUAUGACUCUCGAACAAGCUGAAGUCAAGAUCAACGCGAUCUAUGAGGCCGUACGCGAUUCUGUCCCCUGGGAUGUGACGUGUGUGCGCACGAAGCACACUGUGUCCAUUCACUCCCAGUACCCCUAUAGGGCCAUCCAGAUCGUGUUGCGCUUGUACCGCUCGCCCGCUGAGAUCUUAGCUGGAUUUGAUAUCGACGCGCCGUGCUGCGCGUACGAUGGGAAACGCGUGUGGGCGAACCCCCGGGCGAUCGUAGCCAUGAUGCGUCAAUGCAAUACCGUUGACACGACGCGCAGGUCGCCUUCAUACGAAGUCCGGCUGGCGAAGUACUCUGAACGCGCUUUCGAAGUCUACGUGCCUACUCUCAGGCGCGAAGAGAUUGAUCCCACGAUAUUCGAGCGCUCCAUUCUUCGUAUCCAGGGCCUUGCAAGAUUACUCGUCCUGGAAAAGCUCAAGGACACGGAGACGCGCACGAGAUACCUUACCGAGCGUCGUAACCUUCGUGGCCGACAGAGUGUGGAGCAAGACCGGAGGCGCAAGUAUAGGAAACGGUACAAGGGCGACUUGAAGACGAAUGUAGAAUUCAGCGGCCUAGAGAUGAACGACUAUGACGUGGUCUCGCUUCAUAUCCCGUAUGGUCCAGGCUGGGAUGCCAGACGUAUAGAGAAAUUGAUUUAUCAAACGGACCUGGGCAUGAAUUCUCCUUUCAAUCCGAAGAAUAAAGAUCGACGACUCCAUCGCCACCCGGCCUUCUUUGGCACGAUGGAAGAGUGUCUUAACGACUGUUGUGAGCAUUGUAUAGAACCAAAGAACGAGGAAGAAAAGACGCAGCAGGAAGACGAAAACAAGGCUUACAUCAGAGGCCGUGUAGAGUUCAUCCAGCAGGACCCCGGUCGCCAGAGUAUCUCGGGAAGCUUCAACCCCAUCGAUGUUGGAGAAUGGGCCGAGCAGGCCUACGUGGGGCCAGUCGAAAAGUUUUUCAACGCAAUUGCUAAGCUUGAUAGACCCGCAGUUGCCCACUUAUUACAACAAGAAGAGACGGACGUAAACCGUCGUGACCAUGUGGGCAGAACCGCACUUCAACUGGCCAUCGUGUGCAAAGCUUCCGAUAUCGCUUGUGACCUCGUUGAUGCUGGCGCUCGGAUAACCGCUCGCGUUGCAGAUGGAAGGACCUCGCUGCACUUGGCUGCUCAGCUCGACCUACCUGCCGUUGUUCGCAAGCUCCUCGAGCGAAGCGUUGUUAAUGCCGAAAAAGCGAAAGAGGAUGCCGAGGAGAAGCAAAAGAAGAAGGGACGCAGCAAAGACGAGAUGGAUGUUGACGACGGGUCUGGAGGUGACGACGAGUCUGGAAGUGACGACGAGAACAGCAAAAACGACUGGUCGUCAGAAGAUGGCGCGAAAGGCCAGAAGAUCGAAGAACAGCCGCAAGUUGACAAUGGUCAGAUACCCGAAGAUGAGACAGAGGAACCUGACGUCUUCGACCUCAACGCCGCGGAUUGGGACAUGGCGUUCACUCCCCUCCAAUACGCUAUUGCGUCCGGAUCCGUGUCCAUCGUGGACGAGCUAAUUGCUGCAGGCGCGGACGUCAAAGUGGUUACCACAGCGAAUCGGUAUGAUGCUCCCCGUUUGCAUCAACUGACUGCUACCAUCUUGACAGAGGAUCAAGAUGUCGCCUGCCAGAUCGCAAAGAAACUCUUUGCUGCUGGAGCAGUCUCAUCUGAGGCGGAUGAUGAAUUGGUUACGGUGUUCCACCGCGUUGUUGCUGCUGGAAGGCCCCAGCUGGUCGCAACCUUCCUUAGCUCCGAUCCCAAUGCGAAGGUCGUCAUAAAUACCCCUCACGUCGCGCCAUUCGGUACCAUUACGAGCCCUAUUAUUUCCACCAUCACCAGAGGCAACUGGUCCACUCUUGCAAUCCUUCUCGCGUUCAACGCGAAACUCACGCUCACAGAGGAAGACUUUUAUCGAGCACGGGAGAUGAGCAAUAAGAACUCUCGCGGGCAUGUUUCUAAUACCUAUGAGGGCAGAGUUCUUAUGCCCAUCGAAACGGCGCUUGCAAAGUGUGACGACGUCGUUGAUCUAGUGGUUGCAUUGGGGGCCGACGUCAACGCGCCGACAAUGGAGGCUGUGAAGAGGAAUUAUACGAAUAAAUACCAUCACAACAUUCUGGACUGGGUACGGUGCGCAAUCUCAGCCUUGGAUGCCAGACUGCAGUGGGCAGACGCCCCUGAUAAUGAUGACGACGACCUACACGCAUUUGCCACGAACUCUGGAUGGAAGGGGAGCCGAGCACAGUUUUUCCGCAAUCGCAGGGAGGGGGAACUGCAAUACCAUCUUUCUCUGCUCACCCAGCAAGAGAAGCAGAUCUUGCUGGAGGCGAAGGGUUACUUCAGUGCCGUUGAAACCCUUUUGUCCUCUCACGGUGCAAAGACAUGGGACGACCUCCAUCCCGAUGACAAAGCCGAUAGCGAGGCCAAAGACUAUCUAAUCCGACAUCGUCCAACAGAGCGUAAAAGCAUGAAGCUGCUGGGGUAUCUUCGCGUGGUUGGAGAAUGCUAUAACACAAGUCCGGUGCUUCCUCAUUUGGUUGCGCGUUAUGAUGAACUAUUCGAGGCGAGAGGAAGAUCAGAAGAAACUCCGCUGCAGAUUGUGGUUUGGUUCGGUGAUUCAUUUGAUACACCCUUGUCCAUAGCUCUCGAGCGCGGUCACUGGGAUACCGCACGCCUGGUACUUGCAAUUGCCCAUGCUCAGCAUCAGCCCGAUGAGUCCAAAGCUCAGAAAUUCCAGACGCGAGAUAUUGUCUUGGAUAACGAUGACGAAGACUCCGAAGACGACGAUGAAGACAUGGAUUCCGAUGACGAGGCCAUAGACUUCAUUGACGUGGCGAAGAGACCUUCCACUGUUCAAACACCAACCACCGCCAGGUGCCUCUUGCAGGAUAUGAGCGUUCACUGGUUCAGCGCAGAUGGGGAGCAGGAACAAGUUGGAUCUGUUCUGAAGAGAGCCAUAGUCAAUGAUGACUUCGAAGCUUUCGCUCAGAUCGUAGAUAUGCACAAUGGGUUCCCGGUACCCGUUCCUCUUACUUCCUCCGUAUUGGGCGACAUCAUUGUAUCCGAUCGACCCGAUAUGUUGGACGAGCUUUUACGUCGCACGGGCCUGGGUGUCAACAUCGAAGUCUCCGUCAGUGAGGAUGGGCAGGCUGAGACUGUACAGAAGAAGGUCUCCAAAGUUUACUUGGGACUCAAUGUGCAUGGGAAGAAGAGAAAGGAUCUCGCCACGAAGGGCGAUCCCAACGCCCCGCCCGCUACCGAAACCCCCACUAUUCCAAUUUUGUGGAUGGCAGCUCGAGCAGGGGCCUUAAACAUUAUCAAGUAUCUUGCGGGAGAUCGCCCUGUGUCUGCGUAUCGCUACUACGCUUCUACUCACAGCGAUGAACGUGCCCAACAUCUUCGGCAAGUCCGAGAUCUUGCAGGCGUCCUCCCACGUUGGCUGGGAUGGACGAUGAAUGCUAUGAACGAAUCUGUGCUAACUGCUGCAGUCAUUGGAGAUCGCCUCAAAGUGAUUGAAACUUUGGUUUCACUUCAGCCUGAACAAAUGAGAAGCGCGCUGCCCGCCAGGAUCAGAUAUGUUGAUUUCAACCUCAUCCUAGUGGCUGCAAAUUGGGGAUGCAGCCCUGAAGUGUUCGACUAUUUGCUGGAACAGGGUGUUCCUGUGGAUGUAGUGGAUCACCGCGGAUGGAAUGUCCUCCAUCUAUUAUGUUCUCAAGACACGGUGGCUCACUUCAAACUCCUUGAUCAUGUACUGCACAAGUUACCGCACGAUGUCGCGGAAUGCUUACUUGUUCAGCAAUCAAAGGGCGUUAAAAAUACUCCUCUUCAUCUUGCAGUCAAAUUACGCAGGCUUGAUCAUGUAGGCCUCCUGCUCUCCGUCAAAGCAUCCCCACUCGUCCUCCGUGAUGACGGCGGGUCUACUGUCCUGCACGUUGCUGUCAAGCAAAGUUCUCCGAAGAUAACUCGCAUUCUCCUUGAGGCUGGUCCGCCUGAAGCGCUCUUUACGGAGGAUAGUGUUGGUUGCACGCCACUCGAGACUGCUUGUCAGAUUGUACUUCAGCAUAAAGUUGCAAAUGGCUUCAUUGGCAAUGUCUAUUCCCCAGCUACGUUAUCGGAGGACUUCGGUUCGACUAUCGACAGGAAGCCGAACAGCAAGCUGCUUCCCUAUACUCAAGACGAUAAAGUUUCACAUCUGCGAGCCACGGUUCAGCAGCUGUUGCAGGAGGGCCGUCUUAGAAACGGUACGAAGUUGGCCACCGAGUUGAUCUCAUUUGCCGACAAUAUGGAAGCCAGACUGGUCGAAAGAAAGCCCGAAGCUCAGGUCGGAGAAUCUGCGAAGGCCGACCAGGAACCCGCUGAAGCGUCCCAAUUGAAGACAGACAGCGUCAGUCCGACAAAGACUUUGGAAUGUCUUAUCGAGGCUGCCGCUCGUGCAGACUCUCGGCAGCGCCGUCUGGUGCACCUUCUUGACGUGCACCAGUCGGUGAAGAGCAGUUUGGGCCGCUCUGUUCGUCCAUCGGAAUGCCAGAAACAGAUAGAAGUGGCCGUGGACGACGGCUUGGCCCAGGCAGUCGAGGAGAGUACUGAAGACUUAUUCGAGCGGAACAGCGCCUUGUCAAUUUGGUCAAGCAGCGCGGGACGUCUACGUAGCUCAACAGAUCUCUUUCGCGACUUGCCAGCAGGAUUUCCUGCUUUGUUCAAUGUCGCCAUGACUUGUCCGCACCCGAUGUCCUACUGA